CUUUUGUUCUUUCAGUGCGAUUGCAGUUCAUGAUAAUAAACCAAGCCGUGCGCUGGUAUCAACAAUUUUAAAAAAUUCGCCUUUCCCGACUGCGCUCGUCACUCCUCUUCUGUCCACUCCUUUUUUUGCUACCAUUAUGCUACCAUAGCGCAAUGCAAGCAUCUGCGCGCAGCAGCAAGAGAUCGGGGCGAGGAGCAGCAGCGGCAGCAGCAGCGGGCCCCACCCUGCUCCAGCGCGGCUGCAGAUGUAAAUUUGCCGCUGCCCUCGUGGGCCUUCAGCCGCAGGAGGAGUAUUGCUCACUAAAUCUCACAUCAGAUUACAGGAGUUGGACUGUGAUCCGUGACAGCUUGGGCGGCAAGCUGGACGCCUCCGCCUUGCCCGAGAAACCGCCAUACGGCACCGCCUGCAGGCCUGCAUCCCGCCAGGGCCUUUCAUGGUGGCCAUUGUCAAACAGGUGCAUGACGCGGUUGCAGGCUCAGUUCAACCGCAAUGGCUCCAAUUACUUCGAGAAGGCGGAGGGGGAUCAACAUGAGAAGAAGGCUGGCGCGUGGAGUGAGGACAAGACCAUUCCCAUCCCACCGCCAGCCCUGUCAGCGGAGAUGGAGGCAGAGCUGCGGCGGGUCCACGCUGAAGAGGAGGCAGCUCAGGCGCGGGCAGACAAGGCCCGCGCUGAAGGGGAGGCAGCCCAGGCGGGCAGCAGCCACACCAGCAUCGGCGAGCGGCCACCCAGCAGCAGCGCGGCGGCACUAGCAGCAGUGGCCACUGCAGCACCGCCUUUGGAGCAGCCGGGGCCAUCACGCAAACGUGAGCGAGAGCCAACAGCGGAUGAGCAGGACGACUUGAAGUACUACCAGUUCAAGGGCAUGUGGAGGGACCUAGACACUCCGCACAAGAGGCGGUUUGUCACGUGCGUCAUGGGCGCAGGGAGCCCGAUGGAGAAGCUGGCUCCCUCCCCGCCGCCGCCGCCGCCGCCGCUGCAACCCCAGCCACCCCAGCCGCCCCAGCUGCCCCAGCCGCAGCAGCAGCCAAAGCAGCCGCAGCAGCCACCGACACAGCACGAACCACAACCUACAGAGGCCAGUGGCGGUGGUGGCUGCAGCGGCAUUACUGGUGCCGCACCAGCAGCAGCCACGGCGCCCUCGUGCGGCAGCGGCAGGGGCAGCAGCCGGCCUGAGCCAGGUGGUGGUGGUGGGCCCCCACCCCACACACCCUUCGUUCCCAGCAGGCUGGGGUCGGGAGGCAGUGUGUCGCCUGAGGCGCUGGCGGCGUCGGCUGGGGUCAGUAGCAGGUGUGCGGGUGGCUCGCUGCGGUGCAGCGGCAGUGCCACUAACUUGCUGCAGACUCAGCAGCAGGGGCUUGGUGUGGCUGCUGGGUUUGCAGCAGCAGGGGGGAACCCGAUGGCGGCGGGGCUUCAUGGCUCCCAGCCCCUAUCCCCAGGGCUGUCGCAGCAGGCGCCGCCACAGCAGCGGGAAGAGGAGGGGGAGGAGGAGGCGUCGGGUGGGGAGGGUAAGGAGGAGGGAGGGAGUGGUGAUGAGGCGGCGGCGUGCCUACCACCACCACAGGUGCUGCUGCCGCCGCCACCGCUGCCUCUGGACCCCAGCAGCCAGCUGUUCGAGGGUAGCAUGUCCCAGGCAGAGGUUGCUGACGCAGCCGAUGUGUUCUACGACCUGAAGCACGAGGCAGCAGCAGCAGAGGAGGAGGAGGAGGAGGAGGAGGCAGCGGCGGAGGAGGGGGGCACGGCAGCCACGGAGGCCACGGAGGAGGGUGGGGAGACCACAGCAGCGGCAGCAGCAGCAGCAGCAGCGCCGGGUGCUGUUGAGCCUUCGUUCCCUCGGCUGGUUGAGUCUCAGCACAUCGACGCCGCCCUGAACCCUGGGGAAAACAACGUCGGUGGCGGCGAGACCAUCACUGGGACGGGCUUCUACGGCACCAUCAACGCUGCCUGCACCAUGCAGAUCUUCUUGGUGCUGUUCGGCAUCCUGAGCGGCGCCUUUGCCUGGCCUGUGAUGUUUGAUGCUGGUGUGGGCCUGGGCAGGCCACUGGUGGCGGCCUUCACUCGGGGCCUGUGCGCAUACGCGUACGGCAACGACUCCUGCCCGUCCAGGGUGGACAAGGCCAUCAAGUUCAUGCGCAUGUUCGUGGAGUUCAUCAAGAGCAAGGGCGUGAAUGUGACUGCCCAGUUCCUGGCGCGGCGACCUGCUGUCUUCGCCAUGACAAUGGAGGACAUGGCCAAGGUACCCCAAGGCCUGGAGGGCGUCACGCACGUGUUCACGUUCUGGCAGGGCAUCCCCGCCUCAGCAAAGGAUGCGCUGGGGGCCAUGUUUGCGGCCUCGUCCACAACCGUGGGCAUUGCGGUCGUGGACAAAGGAGCAGGAGUGCUCAUGGAGCGGCAGCUAGGACAGCACGGGUUUGGGCCACUGGAGCUGGUGAAGCAGUUUGCUGUGCGCAUGUACGGCAGCAACUCCCAGAAGCAAGUGUGGGUGUUCAAGAAGCCCGGCGCAGUGUACAGGGAGCUGCCGGAGGAGAAGCUGGUGGACUACGCCCCCUACGUCCACCAGCCGCACCUGCCCGUCCCCCCGCGCAUUGAGUGGAUGCACGCGCUGUACCAGGCGGCGCUGGCGGAGGAGGCGCGGAAGUAUAAGCUGUCUGUCGCAGAGGGCAAGGGAGAGAGGGACAGGAGGCCGCCCCAGAGGUUUGGCUUCUCGUAGCGAGCGAGCAAGAUGUUCUGUAGCAGCAGAGAAGGAGGAGGAGGCAGGCAGGCAGGAAGGGAGUGGAGUGGAGUUGAGGCGGAGGCAGCGGCAGAGGCAGCGGCAGAGGCAGAGGCAGAGGCGUGUGUGCCCACAUUCAUUCAUGAUGCAUUGCAAAGUGUCAAGAACAUACUGUACCUAUGAUUAAGCAUUUUGAUUAUGAAGUAAUGAAGGGUUUGCGCGGGCGCGGGGCGGUAGAAGCGAUGAGGGAAGAGGCGUGCGAGGGCAUGCGGCCGCGCCGGGGGGGGGAGAGCAGGAGGGGAGAGGGGGACGGCGAAGUCCGGAGCGAGUUCGCUAAGUCAGUGCAGUGUUUACCUGGUGACUCGAUGCAAAUAUAUAAUACAACUGAUCAUUUAAACAUGUAAUUUAUCAGCUGG